CAUAAGUCACUAUGGACAUCAGUAUAUAUAUAUUCACAUUGUUUAACUCUGACUGGUGGAAACCAUUUCAAAGACAAACAAAUGUUGAGUCUGAUCUUUAAAUUACUCUAUACAUAUACAAUUCUACAUGGCUUUGUCAGGUUACAUUUGGCGACUGACGUUUUCUUCGUUAAAAACAUCUGAAAAAUCAUCUGAUUCAGAGGCAAAGUCACAAGUUGUUUCAGCAUCAACUGAAUGUAUUAAGGGUUUAUUUUGAGUUGGUUGAGAAUAUCUCAAUUCAUUCUUAUCAUGCCAAGAAGAAAAUUAGAGACAAACAGGAAUCUGUCGCUGUUUGAAGUUGGAACUUCUGACUUCAGUCGGAGGAGAUUUGGAGACAGCGCUUCCUCUGAGUUUGAGGAAAUUGAUUUUCGUGAUUACAGUAAGGCAGUAAUGGCUGGAGCCACAGAGAACGCUAAGAAAGAACAUUUGUACAAAAUCUUGGUCAUCGGGGAGCUUGGGACCGGGAAAACCAGUAUCAUUAAACGCUAUGUUCAUCAGUUCUUCUCCCAGCACUACAGAGCUACAAUAGGUGUAGAUUUUGCAUUGAAAGUGUUGAAUUGGGAUGCUGAGACGAUUGUACGGCUUCAACUAUGGGAUAUUGCAGGCCAGGAGCGGUUUGGGAACAUGACCCGGGUUUACUAUCGAGAGGCUGUAGGUUGUAUAAUAGUUUUUGAUGUCACAAGAGCGUCCACAUUUGAUGCAGUCACAAAAUGGAAAGGUGAUCUUGACAGCAAGGUCCAGUUAGCGGACGGCAGCCCAGUACCCUGUGUUCUACUUGCCAAUAAGUGUGACCAAGCAAAAGAAGGACUAGUCAAUAAUUCAUCACAUAUGGAUGAGUUCUGUCGAGAAAAGGGAUUCGUCGGCUGGUUUGAGACCUCAGCUAAAGAAAACAUUAAUAUUGAUGAAUCCACAAGAUUCUUAGUAAAUAAGAUAUUACAAAACGAUCAAAACAUACGAGGUGAAGAUGAAAACGACCCCAGCAAAAUUGAUUUAAAUGAUGAAGAUCGCUUCCGAAAAUCCAAGAAAAGUGAUGGUGGUUGUUGUUCUUAGCAACUAGAAAAAAAAAUAAAAUGCAAAAAAAUUCAAUCCUCUUGUGAGCUAGCAACAUCUGGGUAAUUAUAUAAACUGAUGUUUUAUUACCACUUGUGUGAUACAUAUGUUGUUACUGUCUGUAUGAUAAAUUUGUUUCUGAGGAACGGAUUACCAGGUAUGUGAAUAGAUGUGAGAAACAGAAUAUGUAAAUAGAAUGGGAAGUGGCUGUAAGAGUAACAGAUUAUAUGAAUGAGCAUGCAUGGUGAAGAUUUUAAGAAUAAGAAAACAAGAUUCAAGCGGUUGUUUACUGUUUAAAUACCAUUGCCAUCUCUCCCAACAUAUAUUACCUACUCAAAGGAAAAUGCUUGUGUAUUUUGGCUGAUUUUGAGAUCUUAAGUGGUUUCUGCAGUCAACCUGGUUAAUAUCUUGUGAUGUCAACAAAUAUGCCAGGCAUUUUGACAUGUGAACUUUUGUCAAUGAAUUUAGGUAUAUUUAUUGAAUUGACGACCUGUAAGUGUUUUUAAAGUACCACAAUUAAAUUUUCAUGAUAUAAUCAAUAAAAUAUCAUGAUUUAAAAAAAAAUUAUACUCCAAAUAUGUUGCACCACUGUCCUUGGAUAGAGAUUCAAUGAAAAGAAAAACCUUGAAAAUCACAUGAAAAUUCGAUGAAACCUUCAAAACUUAUUACCAAGAUAUGAAAUACUGAUUUAACAUUUUCAUGAUGUCAUUAAAAAGUAAUGAGAUAUACUGCCAAUGAAAAACUCAACAAUGUGAAAUAUUUUCAUGGUCAUGAUUUCCUGUGAUACCUUAAUUAGUACCUGUAUUCAUAGUCAUUAAAUAAACAUUAAUUCAGGGUCAUGAACAGAAGAUGUAGCAAGGUAUUUUCAUUUCAUUUUCAUAGACAAUUUUUCAGAAGGGUUGAAAGUGAUAUAUAAAAUUGGCUCAGGGGAGAGAACUAUAGUAGACUUAAAUAAUCGGUAUAUAAAAGCAGUGCUUAUUAUUACGUUUGUUUCUUUGUAUAUCAAGGAAACCCUGUCUGAAAUGAUAUACUUUGUUAACACGAUUGUUUCAAUUGCAUGUUAUUUUAUUUCUGUAGAUGUUAUAUAUGUUUUGAUGGUUCAAAUUACCAAAAUUUUACAAAAUAUUUGAAUCAAAAUAGAUAUUUUCAACAAAAGUUUCCUAUUUCAUUUAUUUUAAGGUAUCUUUCUUUUGCAAUUUCAUUUGUUGCAGAAAAACUGUUUUAACAGUAAUUUGAUAUUAAUAAACUCUUUUGGGUAAAAAUUUAGUCCCUUUAUUUUUGGCUUUGGUAUAGGAAUUGCUGGGUGCUAAUUAAAACUGAAAGAAAGUCAUAUUAUAAAAUUGACUUUUAAUGUUUCUAUACCGAUUUAUACAAACACCAGGUCAGAAAUAUGAUUGUCUAUGAUAUAAAUCUGUUACAACGAUAACAAAAAAAGAUAUUAAAGAUAAAAUGUUUUUUGUUUUAAGUUAAUUAUUGUAGAUAUGUGUAUUAGAGUAUUAAGAGACAAGACAUAUUCUGCAUGAGGAUUAUUCCCUUUGAAAUUGUUACUUGAUUCAUGAAUCAAACCCCAAAAGUUUAUAUAUGAAAAUAAAUUUGAAAUACAUGUAAAUCUUUCCCCAUUGUCAAUAUUGUAAAAGUGAUUCUUUUCUUCACAGAUACAAAUGUACUUUAAAUAUAUCUCUCUGUUUUACUUCAAUCUUUUGGUAAAGCCUGAAAAAUUCAACCAUCAGAAAAAUAUAGUAUCUUUAUUGUUUUUAAUUGAUUGUGUAAACGUUUGUAUGCAAGGAUGUGUGGACUUAUUUCAGUAAGAUUCGUAGGUUAUGAGUAUUAUACUCAGUGGUGCGGUUAUUGCCUAUGGUUAUGAUUUCUUUGCUAAUUUAAUUCUUUAAAACUAUAAAGUGAUUGUAUAAUUAUAUAUACAUGUAUUUUAUGCAGUAUUAAUAUAUACCCCCUUUUUACUCACCUUAAAUAAAAUCAGUAAUUAAUUAUAUCUGAAUUUCAUUUUGUCCUUGAUUCACUAUUUAGUGAAUAAGUCGUCUACUAGCAUGUGCUAGUCCUACAUCUAAAGAAAAACUUGUCAAAAUAUCUUCCUUUUCCGAUUCUGUAACAUUGCUAGGAUAAUAUCAGAAUGGAUUAGGGACACUUUUUGCCAUCCGUUAAUAUUGAGACCGAAAAACCAAUAUAUAAGUCUCCCGAUAGUUUUUUUUUCCAAAUACUCGAUUAUUCACCAAUGUAUAUAAAACAUGAGAAAAACAUAUAAUGUAAAGAGUUUUCAGAUAGUGUUUACCAAUCUUUAAUUAUGUGUGGUUUUGAAGGAGUAUGAUUUUUUUUAAAGAGUGGUUGUUAAGAAUUUCUCCCAUUUCUUCAAAGAAAUACGACGUAGUCAUGGGGAUUCAGAAUCUUGUUCAUAUACAAUUGCAAGUUACUUCAGUAUUACAACAAAGCCCUUUCAAUACUAUUACGUCAUAUAGUAAGAGCAAAAUGAAAUGUGAUUUUGGGAUUGGUUGAAAAUACGUCAUCCGAUGAAAAACUAAAAUGGUCAGAAGGACGUAGAUAUUAUGUACAUGUAGUACGAAUUAGGAUGAAAUUGAAUAUCACCACGUCUGCUCAGGACAAUGGACAAAGAAUCGCUGUUUCGGGAAAUACAAAUAAUAUACUAUAUGUAAUAUAUUCGUAUAAAAAAUAAACGGGCUAAAAUUAAAUAAGAUUUUAAUUGCACUCCUCUUUAAAGUUGGUAAAAUUCGUAAGAAAUUUUCACACAUAAGUUUAACUGCUUUACACUAAAAGGAGUAUAGCCGCAGUUCCAGAGAUUAUUUCAGAAUAAUUUACAUGUUUUGAUCUACAGAUCGACCUGUGCGAUACCUUAACGGUUAGCCCGAGUUUCCUCUGGCCCUGACACCAUGUCUGGUGUAGGCAGAUGGUGUCAGGGCCAGAGGAAACUUGGGCUACAUAACGGUAAAUUUUACAACAUCUAUAAGUAUGUUUUCCAGAACAUUUUAUUCUCCCCAAGUCUGAUGAUAAUCGGGUAUUUUGUUUUGUUUCUGCAGAUGUAUUUUCAAAAUGUACAGUAACGUUAACUUUGCCGGCUAUCUUUUUGAAGAAACAACUUGUUUUUGUACCUGUCUUUUAUUUAUUGCGAAUUUCUCCUACUCCUGAUAGUCAACCUAAUAAAAUCCUCAAAAUGUGAUAUGAAACAAUUUUGACGUAAACAAAAAUACUGUUGUUUUUUUCUUUGAAAGUAAAGGUUUCCUCAAAACACAUUUGGUGUUAGACUCAAAUUUGAAAAUCAAAAGCCCUCAUAAAUAUGUAAAUCAAUGUCUGAGGGACUGGAGGCAAUUUCAAACUAAUUGAAAACACAUUUCCUUGAACGGAAACUUAAUGUACAACAACUUACAAUAGAGUAUAUAUACCAUGUUCUUAAAGAAUCAUCAAAUUGCUGUAUUCUUUAUAAUAAUGUUAUAUUUACCAAAGUGUAGAAGUAAGUCACUGCAUCUAAUAGGAAUUUUUAUUUUUACCAUUAUCAUUGAUUUCUUAUUUCGGUUCAUUUGCCUCAAAACUGUCGGUAAACAUCUGCAGCCAAAAUAUAUUGACUGUGUUUUUCAAAGUUCUGAAUAGUUCAAAAACUUUCUAUUAAUGACAACUGUAUUUUUAUUUUACUAGAAAAAACAUAAUCUGUAAAAACUACUUUGCAUUCACCUGUGUAUAUUCUAUGCAAUGAUUUGAAGAUAUCCAUCGUGAUAAAUUAAUGUUAUAAACUAACCCUUCAGUUGAUUAGUCGAUUCAUCAACUGUUUUAAACUAUAUUUUUUAAAAGAUAUAAUUCGUAUGUUGAUGAAUUAUCUUCUCGCUGCAAUUCUUAUGCUGAUUCUUUACCCUUAAGAAGAUGAUAGAUUUAAAUCAUUUAUGUUCUGUUAAUACUUUUUCUCACUGGAAAGUCCCCCCUCACUCAAAGACAGAUCUCACGAUUUCAUCAGGGUUCCCUUAUAAAGGCAUGCAAUACUUAGAAUGUUUCAAAAAACAAAAUCAAAUUUCGGAAUCUAAACAAAUCUUACCAAUGUUCUAAUUUUCAUUGAAUAUCAUCAAAUCCCAAUUCCUAAAUAACAAAAUUAUAUAAUGUAGUCUUUUAACACUUGCACUCUGAUAGUUAUGGAGUAAAAUUGAUUUUAAAGCUUUUUGAAAGCAUUUGAAACAAACUUUCGCCCAAAUUUCGAAGGUAUAUAUAAGGUGUCAUUUCAUCACUUCAGAUUGGCCAUACUGCACGCAUCCAUGUUUGAAAACGAAUGAAACCCCGUGCUGAAACGUAUUGUUAAUAUAUAACUUAGUACGUAGUGAUGCUAUGGAAUUUGAUGUGUUCUUAAGAGUUGAGAGAUUAUGUAUUGUGCUUUGAGUAAAUCUCAAAAACAGGAGAUGAAUUUAGCACAAGUCUAAGCCGUUGAUACAUUGUAGAUGUUUUAAAUUGUUUUUAAUGUAUACAGUUAUUAACGUGAUUAUUUUGUAUUUGUUAGAUAUACAUGCAUAACAUUUGCAAAUAUUCAUAUUAUAUACAUGUACAUUUUGUAUAUAUAUAACACUUUGAUUUCUUGUGCAUUGCCCGUGGAUUUAAGACAAUAAAAAUGUCAUCUGCGGGCUAUGUGGUGAAGCGGGAUAUCUGACAAUUUGUCCCCCCCCCCCCCAAAAAAAAGAUAAAUGAAAUAAAAUAAAGAUAAAUGCUGCAGGCUAUAAGAUAUCUAUCGAUUCCACUAUUCGUGUUUCCUUGGUGUACUAAAGGUACCGAUGUUGCUGUUUACGACAGAAAUAUGAAUGGCACAUAUACCCGUGUGGACAUAUCAAGUAAAUACAUUUAAAGACAUUGUUUUCUUGUCAAGGCAAUACAGGUCUCAGCAGUGAGAGCUUAACUCACAGAGCGAGGUUUUCUCCUGAUAGUUAACAUGUACUUAAUUGCGUAACAGAUAACCCGCUAGCAAUGCUGGACCGAGCGCCUGCAGAUUUUAAAUUAUAACACCAUAAUUUUGGCUUGUGCGGGUAGUCUGACGAAGAGGACAAUUCACAGCGAAAUAGCGUAUUAUAUGUACAGUAGUGAAUUUGGUAUUCCACGGCUCGCCUUCUAAAAUUCAGGUAAACUUAUACAUGAUGAAGGUGGGAAAUCAGGUAUAGUGUUUUAGAGAUAUUAACUUUAUUUAAGAUAUUCCACAAAUUAUUCCAACUUAAGUCUUUUUAAGCUUUAUCUGGUUUCUAAUACUUACAUGUAGUUGUACAAUGCAUGUAAUGGAUUAAAUGUAGUCAACUGACCUGUAAUAAGUAUGUAACCAAUACAUCAAAGAACAACUUUGAUGAACAGUAGGGUUUAUCAUUAUACAAUGUAUCAUUUUUUUAUGAAUUUGCAAUUAUAUUUGUGUUAAUGGAAGACCAUUGAGUCCAUGCAAUAUCAUAAACAAACGAACUUCUAACCUAGAAUGUUUAUUUAUUUGUUUUAUUUUUUAUGUGCAAAUGAAUAUUCAUUUACACUGUAAUUCUAGAUACAUGUAACACUAAACUGUAAACCAACAAAUCUUAGCAUGUGAAUUAUUUUUGCGUUUUUCGUAGGUGAUCAAAAUUCAUGAAGAUUUAUCCCGCGAAAUAGUUUCAAUCACACGCACAGUAGGCCUUUUUAUGACUGUAACUCGCGAAAUUAAAUCUUCACGAAAAAAACGUCAUGAAAUAAACAUUAGUUGGUUUACAGUAUUGAGUUAUUUAUCAUAUUGUCAUUUAUGAUUUACAGCAUAGAAAUGAGUACUUUCGGUGUAUUAUUUGUAUAUUGGCGUACGUAGCUCGUAAAGGCUAUGGUUACAGGUCAAUCACCUUUUUACGUUAUCAAUAUACAUGUAAUGGUGUGUUUGGAAAGACAGUUCAUCUCUACGUCUUUGGAUAAUAUGGGAGUCUCCCUCAACAUGUUCACUGAGGUAGCCACCAGCUAGUGCAAGCGGACUCCCUCUCAACAUCACAAAUAGACAUUGGCUAUUCACUGAGAUGAUGAACGCAGUAAAAACCCAACAAAAACAAACAAAACAAAAUCCUAAUUUUAAUUUUUUUUUACUAAUGUAAUUGUCUUCCAAACGAAUAUAUAAAGAGUAAUUUGGUGUUGUUGCUUUUUUGUAUGUUUUUGAGUACAUUACUUUAACUAGAUGAAAGAAAUGACUCGGUUACUUAACGCUGCCCAGUGAUAUUAAAAUGUAAUUUUUCUUGUGAGUAUUACUUUGAAUAUUAGUUAAUGCGAAGAUUUCGUCAUUGAAUCACAAGACAUUUUCUUUUUUUUUUCAUUCUGUUUGCAUAUGUUAUGUUUUGUUAGAUUCGUAUAUUUCCACGUUGUUUGGUGCUACAAACAUAGCGUGUAGUAUUCCAUACUAUUACUGCAUAGCUCGUAAAUUCACGUGAGAUUCGAUCGGGGUAAUUGAUUACAGCGUAAAAUAGACGUAGCGAAUAUAGAAAUGUUUGCUGCAUGACGUGUACAAGGCAUGUGUGCGCGAAAUUUAAUAACCACGAACUAUAGUGUUCAGUGUUAAUCUGACAAAAUAUAAGCCCAGGGAAAUUUACCAACGAUAGAGUAAAGUUUUAUAAAAUGUAGCAUGUUAUGAUUUAUUACAAACAGAUAUAUUUAUUUUAUCAUUAUUAUUAUAAUAAGUUGUAUGUAGACAAAACAUUUAAAUGAUGUAAUAAGAAUGGAAUCAUUUGUGUAUGUAUUAUGUAAGUAAAAUUCUUAUGAAGAGAG